GAUGCGCAACAGGCAGGGCCCCCAUCUGGGCGAAGCGCAACGGACUGCAUUAAAGCGAUUUUUCUUCGUAGACAAACUGCAAAUAUGAAGCAUUUAUAGUAUACUUUAAUGUAUUCCCUACGUAGAGAGGUGGUUAGCAGAGAAUAACUUGACUCACGUUGUGUUUUAGAGAGUAAAUAGGCUUAGUUCGAGGCCGUGGCAUGGAUGAAGUACGGCCUAGCAGUGGUGCCCAAGCACACGGGCUAGUGUCGCUGGUUCCCCCCGGACUGCAGGCUAUUUACGGGGAAUGUCGGAGACUUUAUCCCGAACAGGCUAACCCCCUUCAAGUCACAGCUAUUGUAAAAUACUGGUUAGGUGGUCCAGAUCCGCUAGACUACAUUAGUAUGUAUCGAAAUAUGGGGUGUCCAUCGCAGGACAUUCAAGAGCAUUGGCAUUAUGUAAGCUUUGGCCUCAGUGACUUGUAUGGAGACAACAGGGUCCAUGAAUUCACGGGACUAGACAAGCCCAGUGGCUUUGGCUUUGAGCUCACCUUUAGACUCAAAAGAGAGACGGGAGAGACUGCACCACCAACCUGGCCGGCUGAGCUCAUGCAAGGCUUGGCGCGCUAUGUUUUCCAGUCUGAGAACACGUUUUGUAGCGGUGACCAUAUAUCAUGGCACAAUCCCCUCGACAACAGUGAGUCUCGUAUCCAGCACAUGCUGCUCACAGAGGACCCUCAAAUGCAACCUAUCCAAACUCCUUUUGGCACUGUCAGCUUCCUCCAGAUUGUGGGUGUUUGCACAGAGGAGCUGCAGGCAGCCCAGCAGUGGAAUGGCCAGGGCAUCUUGGAACUUAUGCGAGGUGUUCCAAUUGCCGGCGGUCCCUGGCUGAUCACAGACAUGAGGAGAGGGGAGACCAUCUUUGACAUUGAUCCACACCUACAACAGGAGAGAGUGGACCAUGGCAUCGAGACAGAGGGCUCCAAUCUGAGCGGGGUCAGUGCCAAGUGCGUGUGGGACGAUUUGAGUCGGCCGCCUGACGACGAGGAGGACAGUCGAUCCAUUUGCAUAGGGUCGCAGCCGCGGAGGCUCUCUGACAAAGACACGGAACAGAUCAGGGAGACCUUAAGGAAAGGCCUGGAGUUUAACACAAAGGCAGCACUACCCCCCAUCAACAGCCAGAGACAUGAGAGACCUCAAAGUCGAAAAGACAGUCUGGAAAGUGAGAGCUCAACGGCCAUCGUUCCUCAUGAGUUGGUCCGAACACGACAGUUGGAAAGUGUCCAUCUGAAGUUUAACCAAGAGUCAGGCACAUUGCUUCCCCUCUGCUUACGGGGUCGCUUGCUCCACGGAAGACAUUUUACUUUCAAAAGUAUUCAUGGAGACACGGCCAUUACGUUUGUGUCUACAGGGGUGGAGGGAGCUUUUGCUACUGAAGAGCAUCCCUAUGCAGCCCAUGGCCCCUGGCUACAGAUAUUGCUGACGGAAGAGUUUGUGGAUCAGAUGCUUGGAGAAAUACAGGACCUUAACACUUGUGAGGAUACGAAAUUACCAAAGGAGUACACUUGGCCAGAGAAGAAGCUGAAGAUCUCCAUCUUAUCAGACUCUGUGUUUGAUAACCCACUGCAGUGAGGAGGCGAUGCCUAAUUACUACAAAAAAAAAAACUUCAAUCCUGCACAUAAAUACACCCAGAGGACACACUGAAUUAUGUCCUCACGAAGACAAGUGAACUCUCACAAAGACUAUCAAAUGAUCCGCAUGGGUCCAUUGCCACACACAGUUGACCAUUUUCUAAAGUGCCUCCAGCCAGGCAGCUUAAAGUCUCAGGUCCAAAUUAAAAACAUUUCGCAAAGCAGGCGUCAACGUCAGAAGCAAUAACUUGUGUGUGUAUUUAUUCCAGCGGCCGCAGUAACGACAAAAAUGUCAGCUACUGAUCCCUUUUAACAGAUGUUCUGUUUGAUAUUGCCUUUAUGUGUAGACUUAACAAAUGCUGGACAUGUGUUGUCUUCAUCAUGCCAAAGUCAUGGCUGUCAUACGAUACAUGAACAGCUACCAAUCACUGCCAGUGCAUUGUCACAUGUCAACUCUUUUCUUUCCUACAGUAUGUACUGUAUCUAAUAUACUACAGGCACAAGCCUUUUUCUCCUCUGUGCCAACAUCAUCUAUGGCUUGUACUUUCAUGCUCGCUUAUGUCAAACAAUGUGAUGAUGGUAAUCUCAACCAUUAUCUUUUGUAGUUGUGUUUUUUGUUGUUGUCAUAUGGAGGACCUCUUAAACAAUGAAUUGGAGCAAAACACAAAAAGGACCUCAUACUAAAAAUGUGUUGACUGUUACUGCACCAUGAAGCUCCUGGAUUUUUUUUUAGCCCAAUAGCACCAAAACUGAAGACUACUUUUACUUUUUUUUUACAGUGCACAGUGUUACAUCACAUGUCAUGACACAUGCUGUUUUUGUCUAUUUUUUUAAGUUGGGUGACAAAUUUAGAUAUUUUAUUAUGUACUAUCACAUUUGAUUGAACUUGCUUAUUGUAAUCCCAAGUGCAUUAAAGAGUGUAGGUAUUUACACCAAUAAAGCUGGAACACUGACAAAA